UAGUAGUUGAUGUUGAUACGAAAUAAAACGAAAACAAUUUUUGAAGUUUUUUCAAAUUGUAAAUAUAAUUAUUAAAUCCUGUAUCAAAAACUAAGUAUAUUGAUAUAUAAUGGGUGCCAGUAGUAAGAAAUCUAAGGAUAAAGAAUCUCAUAAGCGUCGACAUGAAGAAAGCUAUGAUGGCAGAGACGGCCCAAAAGAAAAGAAGCACAAGCACAAGAAACAUCAUCACAAGGAUAGGAAAAGGGAAAAAGCAUCCAAAUAUGAGAGUGAUGGAUACUCUAAACGCAGCCAUGAACAUAGUGAUAAAAGAAAAGAUUAUGAGAGUGAUGGUUCAGACGUUGUGGAAAUUAUUGAAAAUGAUCCGACACCAGAACCACCACCACAACCAUCACAAACCAGAUCAGAAGUGAGACAUGAGGCAAGGUCAGAGGCAAGGUCAGAGGCAAGGUCAGAGGCAAGGUCAGAGGCAAGGUCAGAAGCAAGGUCAGAGGCUAGACAUGAUGAGCGACACGAGGCGAGAUCGGCAGCGAGAUCGGAGACGAGAUCGAAUGGCAAAACGGCCGAAACGUCGUCAGGGGGGCAAAGCGUCGAUAGUCUCUCUAUUGAAGAAACGAAUAAGCUGCGGGCCAAAUUAGGCUUGAAGCCGCUGGAUGUAGGCCCAGCCCCUGGUAGUUCAAGGAAAAGAAACGAUAAGAGAGAGGAUGAAUUGAAAAAAGACGAUUUGGGCGAAUUUUAUCAUAAGCCUGCUGUGAAUUUGGCGAGGAAAGCGCAGCAAGAGAAAAUAACUGCCAAAUUGACGGAAAUCCGGGAAAAAAGAAUCUUGAACAAUAAAUAUUCUAAAGUUAAAGGACUAGGGGAAUGCGAUAGCGAUGAUGAUAUUGAGUUGUGGGUGAAUAAAAAUCGAGAAAUUGAAAAAGCCAAACAGGAAGCUGAGAAAAGGGCAAAAAUGCUGGAAGAACUUGAUGCACAAUUUGGAAUAGGUGACAUCGUCGAGUCUGAGAAAAGAGAAAAAAUGGUACGGAAAUAUUCCGAAAAAGACUUGAAAGGAAUCACCGUUCAACAUGACGUCGAUAGUUUUGCAGAUGAGAGAACUGUGAUCCUCACAUUGAAAGAUAAGGGUGUUCUGGAGGAGGAUGAAGAUGUUCUAGUGAAUGUUAAUAUGCUCGAAGAUGAACGUUACAAAAAGAAUAUUGAAAACAAGAAGAAGAAACCCGGAUACAAUGCCUAUGAGGAUGAUGAAUUUGACGAAUUUGGAAACCCUAAAGAAAAGUCGCUCCUUUCGAAAUAUGAUGAAGAAAUUGGAGGUGAAAAAAGAGACAAUUUCAAGAUAGGGUAUGAUUCAGCGGUAGAAAGGAAACAAGCAGCGGUGGAAAUGGUAAAAGCUAAAUUGGCCAAAAAGACACUAGAAAGUAUUGCAGAAACCAAUCUGAAAUUGGCGUCAGAAUACUAUAAUGAAGAAGAACUUGCUAAAUUCAAGAAACCCAAGAAGAAAGUAAGGAAAAUCCGAUCCAAAGGAAAGUUGCUUACAACUGAUGAACUGAAGCCUGAUAAUAAGGGAAUUGAAGGUUUAGGUUCUAGGAGACCUAAAAUAAAGAAUGACACCGAUUAUGAUAUUGAUGAUGUACCUGCAAUGGAUUAUUCAGCUGACGUAAAAUUUGAAGAUGACAAUGAUGAUUUAAUGGAGAAGGCUUUACAUAAAGCACGAAGAACUAAACAGAAAGAGAGUGUAAUUUCUGGAAUAUUGAAAAAUGAAAUAAAAACUGAAAUAGAGGAUGAAAAUGCUGAUGGAGGAAACAUUACUCUAAAUGCUACAGCAGAGUUUUGUCGUACAUUAGGUGACAUUCCUACUUACGGGAAAUCGGGCAACAGAGAAGAGACUGACGAUAUCCUUGACUACGAUAAAGAAUUAGAAGAAGAGAACAGCGAUGACGAUUGUGAAAUCGUAGAUGUCCCUAGUGGUUGGAACUCCGUAGAUCCCACUAAUCAAGGUUUCGACUCCUCACAGAUCACUCCCCAAGAAGUCCAGAUCCUCGGCGAGGAGCCCGACGUGAGCACCGGCGUGGGGGCCGCCCUCCGGCUGGCCAUGAGCAAGGGCUACCUUGACAAGGAGCAGAACAACCGGCCGUCGAACUCGCGGCUGGCCCAUCUGCAAGCCAAGAACUACUCCAUCGAGGACAAGUCGUACGGCGAGGAGAACGACAGGCAGGGCAGGAGAGAGAGAUAUGCGGGCCCCAUAACCGAGUUCAAGGAGAAAGAUAUGUUCAAGCCAAAUGUCAAGUUAGAGUAUAUCGAUGAUGACGGACAUAUUCUCAACUCGAAGGAGGCGUUCAGGUAUCUGUCGCACAAAUUCCAUGGAAAGGGGCCUGGAAAGAACAAGGUCGAGAAGAGGAUCAAGAAGGGUGUUCAGGAACAGCUAAUGAAGAAGAUGAGUUCAACAGAUACCCCACUAGGAACACUUAAUAUGCUGCAAGCUAAACAAAAAGAAACACAAUCUGCAUUUGUAGUGCUUUCAGGAAAUAAACAGUCCCAGUCAACUUCCUUAUCGAAAACGAGGCGAUGAAUUGUUUGCAAAUAAUGAAUAAAAAUAUGUAAUUUGAAUGUAAAUAAUCGAUUAUUGUAAUUCUUUGAUUCUACAUGAGUAGUGAAAUAUAAUUUAUAUCAGAACAGUAGGCAAAAACAUCGUUUUGUAUCUUGAAACCUAGUGUUUGAGUGUAAUUCCAAUUGAUUUGUUGAAAUAUAUAAUAACACAUUUCUGAAACA